UUUUUCGAUUCUAAUAAUAAUAAUCGUCUUCAGUGUGUUAUUAUGACUAAAUGAUAGUCUCUUUCGAAUGCUAAAAUGGACCAAUUAAUUAUUCUAGUAGCGACAGCUCAUUUACUUUACUGUCCUUUCACUAAAGUCGAGGAAAGUUUCAAUUUGCAAGCGAUUCACGAUGUUCUCUAUCACGGUUCUAACCUAACCCAGUACGACCAUCAUGAAUUUCCUGGAGUCGUGCCGAGAACAUUUUUGGGACCUUUAGCAAUAUCAGCCAUUGCUUCACCUGCAGUUGCAGCAAUCAAGCACUUCAGUGUUAAUAAAUUUUAUUCACAAUAUAUUGUAAGAGCGGCACUGGGAUUAACAGUGAUCGCAACAUUCAGCCUUUAUCGAAAGGCUUUACAAUCUGUCUUUGGUGUAAAAUUUACAAGAUGGUUUGUAAUAAUUACAGUCACUCAGUUUCAUUUUAUGUACUAUCUCAGUCGACCAUUGCCGAAUAUAAUGUCAAUGCCUUUAGUGUUUCUCGCUCUCUAUGGAUGGCUAAGAAAAAAGCACGUCCUUUUUAUUACAGCUUCCGCUGCUGCGAUUAUUAUUUUCAGAGCUGAAUUAGCCAUGCUUUUGGGAAUGUUUCUCUUGUACGAUAUUGCGAAUGCCAAAAUCACAAUUCCCAGUUUCCUCAAAAUCGCAAUACCGUCUGGAAUAUUUUUCUUGGGCCUUACAAUAACUGUCGACUCGAUCUUCUGGAAUCGAAUUUUGUGGCCAGAAGGAGAAGUUUUUUACUUCAAUACGGUUCUGAACAAAAGCAGCGAGUGGGGUACUUCUCCCUUCCUGUGGUAUUUCUACUCAGCACUUCCCCGAGGAUUAUUUUGUUCCUACGUUCUAAUUCCUUUUGGAUUGUAUUGGGACGCAAGAGUAAGAGCGCUCACUGUUCCUGGGAUAACAUUCGUCCUUUUAUUCUCAUUUCUACCUCACAAGGAAUUGAGAUUCAUCAUGUAUGUCUUUCCUCUACUGAAUGUUAGUGCAGCUGCUGCGUGUCACCGUAUUUGGGAGAACAGAGAAAAAUCUCCUCGGAAUGGAUUAAUGGCUUUAGGAGUAGUAGGCCAUUUGUGUUUAAAUGCCAUUUUUUGCAUGUUUUUCCUCUGUGUUGCUGGAUCUAAUUAUCCUGGAGGCAUGGCCAUCGCCAGGUUGCACAGAAUUGAAAAGGAGAGAAUUGAACCUGUUUUUGUGCAUAUCGAUGUCUUUACAGCACAGAGAGGAGUCUCCAGAUUCACUCAGAAUAAUCCUAAUUGGAUUUAUUCCAAGGAAGAGAACUUGACAGUCGACGAUCCGGAAAUGCUGAAAUUUACACACUUAUUGAUGGAGGCAAAAAGCAAAUACUCGCCAAACAUCAAGCCUUAUUUGAAAACACACGAUAUUCUCGACUCAGUCGAUGGUUAUUCUCAUAUUGCUGUAAAUUACCAUCUUUUUCCUCCCAUAAAAAUAAAAACAAAGCCUGCAAUUUUCAUCAUGAGAAGAAAAGCAAAUCUUAAGUACGAUCCAGCGAAAGGAAAAACCAAGCGCAGUCUGAAUCCUCCUAUUUUAGAUGAGAACUUAGAAGAAAACUUUUUAAAUCUGAGUGAAGAGUUGCCGAAAAUAGAACCGAUUUUCGACAACAUCGUGGAAUCUUUAAAAGAAAUUGGAAAACCUUUGGAAAGUGCCAAUUCAAAUACUUCAGAAGGUUCGGAAGAAGUGGAGUCAAGUGACAAUGAGAGCAAAGAAAUAAUUCCAAAAGAGGGAAAUGAAGCUGAGGAAAUUAAAAAUGAGGUAAAUGAAAAAAUCGAGAAUAAAAUUGAAAAAGAAAUUGAAAAUGAAUCUCAAUUUGAAUACGUGGAAACUGAGAAUGAAAGUGAAGAAAUCUCCGAUGAAUAUGUUGCGGAUAAAAGUGCAGAAUUAAAAGAAGCGAGUGCAAAAGAAAAAUUCGGUGGCAAAUUAAAUGGGAAAUUGAAUCCAGAACAGCAAAAACCUGUAAGUAUUAAAGAAGCAGUAAAAAAGAUGAUUCAAGAAAAAAUGGAAUUGAGAGCCAAGAAAGAAAUCCCGGAAGCCGAAGAGCAAAUUUUGGAGGAAAAAAUAAUCGAGAAUGUGAAUCAGGAGAAAUUGAAUCUGCCGAAAUUGGAAAAGAGACGAUCCCAGGAGACGGAAAUAAUUCGCCAAGAGUCAAAAAAAAUAUCAAACGUGAAGGAUUCUAUAAGAAAAAUAAUAAGUCAGUUUAAAGAAUUCGAAAAAGACUUCACAGCCGAGGAUCAAGAUAUUUUAAAGUCUGACCGAGAUUCUGAGAGUUUUCAAGAAGAAUUGUCAAUCGAGGAUUCUGCUUUCGACAUUGAAGAAAUGGAUUCUCAAGUUUCGAUCGAGGCAAAAGAAAGUCUGAAGGAGAUUAUAGAUCAAUUCAAGGAGCUGAAAAGCGAAUUAACUUCUGAAGAAGAUGACCGGUUUGACGAAAUCGCCGCGAAUUAUAUGAAUCGACCGAUUUCGGAAACUCUGAUGCAGUUUAGUGAAGCUCUGAAAAAUUUGGUCCAGCGAAGAAAAGCCAAGGCUGAAAAUAAUGAAGGAAUCAAGAAGAGGAUCAAUAAUUCGAAAAUUUCGAGAAAAGUCAAUGGAAAUUCAAAUCCUAAUUUCCCGAAAAUUAAAAGUUCGAUUGAAGUUAAAGAGGAAGUGGCUCAAAAAGCGAGAAAUUCUGAGAGGGAAAGACCGAAUAACAAAAAUGCGUAAUUUUUUUAGAGAUAAUUUUUUUUAGCCAUUUUUUAUAUUUGAAUCCCUGCAUUGUUAUUAUAGGUUUAUUGUAAAUACGACACAUUCUGUGAUACCAACAUUUCUUGCUUGAAGCUUUUUUCAGGGUGUCUACUCACCUGGAAAAUCUGAAAAUUUCGAGGAGUUUUUCGUAACUGUAGGGAAUUUUUUUGGGGGCUUGAUUACAUUUUUUUUUUAUUGUAAAAUGAAAUUAAGUUAUAAUGUUUUUUUUUUGUUAGGGAAAAUAGCUUUUAUAUUAAUGGGUUUAAAUGUUUGAUUGAAAAUUUGAUUUUGUUUUUUGUUGAA